AUGGCGUCCUACGAAUUGAAGAACCGAGCCAACUCGGCCAACCGAGAGGUAACCGGGUCCGACUCGGGAGCGCGUGAUGAUUUGGCUCUUGCACGAUUGGGCAAGAAGGCUGUCCUGAAGCGGAACUUUGGUAUUCUCUCAAUUAUCGGUCUCAGUUGCACCAUUCUCGGCACCUGGGAGGGUAUUCUAUCGACGUUUACUAUUCCCCUCGAAAAUGGUGGAUCUGCCGGUGCAGUAUACUCUUUCAUCUUUGCAUGGACGGGAACAGCCUGCUGUUUCGUGCUGCUGUCCGAAAUGGCGUCCAUGGCGCCGACUUCCGGGGGCCAAUAUCACUGGUGUGCCAUGCUUGCACCUUACAAGCAUAUGAAAUUUCUCAGUUACAUCACAGGAUGGUUGACCGUGAUCGGAUGGCAGGCCGCCUUUGCAUCGUCGUCUUACAUGGCUGGAACUGAGAUUCUGGGUGCCAUUAUCUUGGGUCGGAACAGCUUCAACUCGCAGCCCUACCAGGGUACCCUUCUGAUGUGGGCGGUUGUGGUCGUAGCUCUUCUUGUAAACAUUAUCGGAGGAAAGUUUCUUCCUCGCCUGGAAACCUUCAUCCUCAUGAUUCACAUUUUGGGAUACUUUGGUGUGCUCAUCCCCAUGACAUAUAUGUCCGACCACAAAUCGACCGAGUCGGUCUUCAAGGACUUUACAAAUGGUGGAAAUCUCUACACCGAUGGUAUAUCCUUUUUCGUCGGUAUGACCGGUUGUGUGUUUGCCUUUGCAGGUGGUGAUGCUGCCGUGCAUAUGGCCGAAGAAGUAAACCAUGCCACGGUCGUCAUUCCCCGUGCCAUUCUCCUCAGUGUUGCCAUCAACGGCACCUUGGGAUUCACCAUGCUGAUCGCCACUCUCUUCUGCAUGGGCAGUGUUGAUGCGGCCCUUGAGUCUCCUACGGGUUACCCCUUCAUGGAAAUCUUCCAGCAAGCAACCGGCUCGGUCGCAGGUGCAUUGGGGUUGUCCUCCAUCCUCGUUAUUGUCGGUAUCUGCGCCGCCCUUGCCAUGUUGACUGCCACCUCUCGCCAGUUCUGGUCGUUCGCUCGCGACCGUGGUGUCCCUGGCUGGCGAGUCUGGAGCCACGUCUCUAACCGCACUUUCCUCCCCACUUACUCCAUCCUCCUCACCAUGACCAUCUGCUGCCUGCUCGGUCUGAUCAACAUCGGGUCCGCCGUCGCCCUCAACGACGUCGUCUCCAUGGCGGUCUCGGGUUUGUACUCCUCCUAUCUGAUCGUGGCGGUUCUUCUUCUCUGGCGGCGGUGCAGCGGCGCCAUCAGCAACUACAAUGCCAGUGACGACACUGUGGUCAAUGUCCCUGGAGCUAAGCUCAUGUGGGGUCCGUUCCGUGUCCCGGGCGUCUGGGGUAUCUUGAUCAACACUUAUGCGGUGAUUUACAUCGUGAUUGUCAUCUUCUUCAGUUACUGGCCUACUGAAUUGCCAGUGACGGUGACGAAUAUGAAUUACAGUGUGGUGGGUACUAUGGGUGUCGUUAUUCUGGCUAUUAUCUAUUAUGUUUUGAGGGCUCGUCAUGUCUACACAGGUCCUGUUAUUGAGAUCUCGUAA